GUCCCCGGGAAUCACAUGGGGGAGGCGGCGGCGCCGCGUGCAGCCCAGUGCGCAGCCGCGGCCGGUGCGGGGGGCGGCGGGGCGGGCGGCGGGCGCACAACAGCCCGCACCGGGCGGCGGCGCGGCACGGCUCGGCGCGGCUCCGCUCCGGGAGGCUCACGGGGCCAGGACAGGAUGGCGGCCCCCGAGGCCGGUAGCACAGGUGGGGUGAUCAGCUACGUGGGCUCCAGCGGCGCCUCUCCCACCCGCACCAGCCCCGUGUCCCUCUGCAGCGACAGCUCCAACAGCAGCUCCCAGUCGGGCUCGCAGCCCUUCCCCACGUACUUCCCACCGUCGCCCACCGGCUCCCUCCAGGAUUCCCGCGCCUAUGGCGGAGCCACGCUGGCCCCCCAUGAAGACGGCUCCCCUUCCUCCUCCUCAUCCUCCUCCUCCUCUUCCACCUCCUCUUCCUCGUACGGCUCCUCGGUGAAUUUCCCCGGGGUGCAGCCGGUCCCCGCGGACGAGCGGCGCCGCAGCUCGCCCAGCAAAGCCGGCAGCACCGUCACCAAGCUCAACGGGAUGGUGCUGCUCUGCAAGGUCUGCGGGGAUGUCGCCUCCGGCUUCCACUACGGCGUCCACGCCUGCGAGGGCUGCAAGGGCUUCUUCCGCCGCAGCAUCCAGCAGAACAUCCAGUACAAGAAGUGCCUCAAGAACGAGAACUGCUCUAUCGUCCGCAUCAACCGCAACCGCUGCCAGCAGUGCCGCUUCAAGAAGUGCCUGCUGGUCGGCAUGUCCCGUGAUGCCGUGCGCUUCGGGCGCAUCCCCAAGCGGGAGAAGCAGCGGAUGCUGGCGGAGAUGCAGAGCGCCAUGGGCGGCAUGGCCAGCGCCCCACCGCCGAUGCCGGGGCCCGGCGAGGGUCCCGCCGCGGGCGGGGGCCGCGCACCGCCCCCCGGCCCGCCGCCGCUCGCCCCCCCCGCCUGCUUCUCGCAGUUCCCGCAGCAGCUGACUCCGCCCCGCUCGCCCAGCCCCGGCGGGGCCACCGAGGAUGUCAUCGCGCAGGUGGCCAAGGCUCACAAGGAGAUCUUCAUCUACGCGCACGACAAGCUGGGACCCCCUCCCGCCUGCGACAGCGGUCUGCUGCGCUGGGACGCGCCCCCCGCCUGGGCUCCCGGCCCCCCCGAGCCCCGGCUGUGCCCCGCCGCCUACCCCGAGCCCCCGGCCCCGCGGGGAUGCCCCUGGCCCCGCGGCCCAAAGGACGUCCUGCCGGCGUGCCCCAUGAACAGCCACGUGCCCGGCCGCAGCGGGCGCUCCGUGCAGGAGAUCUGGGAGGAUUUCUCCCUCAGCUUCACCCCCGCCGUCCGCGAGGUCGUUGAGUUCGCCAAGCACAUUCCCGGCUUCCAGGCGCUCUCCCAGCACGACCAAGUCACCCUGCUCAAGGCUGGCACCUUUGAGGUGCUGAUGGUUCGCUUCGCGUCGCUGUUCGACGUGAAGGAGCAGACGGUGACAUUCAUGAGCCGCACGCGGUACGGGCUGGAAGAGCUGUGGGCCAUGGGCAUGGGAGACCUGCUGGGGGCCAUGUUCGACUUCAGCGAGAAGCUCAGCGCCCUCGAGCUCAGCGAUGAGGAGCUGGGGCUCUUCACCGCCGUCGUCCUUGUCUCGGCAGACCGCUCGGGCAUGGAGGACACGGCCUCAGUGGAGCAGCUGCAGGAGACGCUGCUGCGGGCCCUGCGCGCCCUCGUGCUGAAGACGCGCCCGGCUGAGACCUCGCGCUUCACCAAACUGCUGCUGAAGCUGCCGGACCUGCGCACCCUCAACAACCUCCACUCCGAGAAGCUGCUCUCCUUCCGCAUCGACGCCCAGUAGUGGCCCCCGGACCCCCCCGGACCCCCCCGCUCACCCCUGUACAUACACCACAGCGGGGGGACACACAGACUUCCCCCUCCCCACCCCGGGGCAGCACCGACCCCGUGGCGCCCGUCGGACUCGCAGGGAUUCACCCCAAGGUGGGCGCCAGGAUGCUGGGACCCCCCACCCCAAACCGGGCACCACCCCCACGGCUCCGCUGGCAGCGCCGGGGGGUCCCCUCGCCCCGACACCCCCGUUCUGGCGGCCGGGGGUGGGACGCAGAGGCCGGAUCCAGCCGCGCUGGGGGG